AUGGCGCUGCCGGCCCCAACCGCUGAUGCUCACCAGAUCGUGCUGCUACCGGAGCCUCAAUGGACAACCAAUGACAAGGUCACAAAGUACAACCCGCUCGCCUUCCUUGAAAACCAGGGUUUCAAGACCCAGGAGGACUUCGCUGCCUGGCGCAAGGAGAACGGCUACCAGACGCUGCGUGACUUCAUGGACAAGGCCAAGUACGACGUCACCAGCGGCGCCGACUUCUCCUGCGGCUUCACCGACCCCAAGGGCACCCCUCAGCCCAUUCCGGAAGGUAACAAGAUGCGCUCCACGGGAUACACCCACGACGGGCUCGUGCACGCUUCGCUGGUACUGGAUGGGAUGAAGAACUCGUACUCGUGGAAGGUGUACAAGGCCUGCAUCCCGCUGUCCGGGUCUGGAGGCACUUCGCAGGAGUCUACCCGUACGCCGAACGCGCCGAGUAACUCAUCGGCGACUACGGCGCCCAACACGUUUGGGUUCGGGUCGCCUGCCACGCAAAACCCGACGUCAUCGACUGAAAAGCCGAAGGACGAAAAGCCGAAGGAUGAUAACAACUAG